GAACCACCAUCUAUACCCUAGCUGCAUGGUCUAAACCCCGCCAUUCAUAUCCCGCAACACGUCCCCCUGUAGCCUAAUGCAUGUCUCACUCAUGGAGAAGUCGAAAAGCGCGUCUCUCAGAGCUUCUGCGGAGCGAAGGUGACGAGGAGGCCGACGGGCUGGCCCUGGAUCGUCUGCUCCACGGCCAGAAUGUGAUUGGGAGGACUUCGCGCACAGCAGAGAUCGACGCGAUCCGGUUUCAGAACAAGGAUCUGAAGGUGCUUGGAACGCUGGAAUUCGGUCAAUUCGGUGUGGUCGAUGUCGUGAACUGCCGUAUGGAUGGCCGCGUCUACAUUCGCAAGUCCAUCGAGAAGCAGAUCGCGCUGCGCAACCGACAGCAAUGCUUCCCUCAACUCGAACGCGACCUCCUCGUCCGCGCGCGCCUGUCGCAAACAGCCUGGGCGCCACACCUCGUUUGCGCAUUCCAAACCCUCACCCAUCUCAACCUCAUCAUGGACUACGCGGAAGGCGGCACCCUCUGGGACGUCCUCGAGUCCAGUCCACACGACGGGCGCAUCCCCGAGAGUGACCUCAAGUGGUGGACCCCGCAGCUCGUGAGCGCGAUCCACUGGUGCCAUUCGCAGGGCUUCGCGCACAGGGACAUCAAGCCGCACAAUUUUGUCCUCACCCAGUCCGCGCAUGUGCAGCUGAUCGACUUUGGCUCCGCCGCGCCGCUGCUGCCGCCCUGCGAGGACGGGAGCCAGCGGAUCGCGAAGCGCUACUGUUUGGUGCCGUGCGGGACGUGCGACUACAUCUCGCCCGAGAUCCUAAACGCGCACGAGCAGGCGCUCGUCGCGCUCGAGAUGGAGGACGAGGGCGCGGGCGGGCUUACGGAGGGCUACGGGCGCGAAUGCGAUUGGUGGAGCCUGGGCGCGAUGCUGUACGAGCUCGCGUACGGCGUCGCGCCAUUCUUCGCAAGGGAUGUCGGACAGACAUACGCGAAGAUCAUGAACCACAAGAGGAGCUUGAGGAUGAAGACGAGUGUGCCGCUGUCGGCGGCGUAUUGCGAUUUGCUGAAGCGGUUACUGACGGAUGCGGAAUUCCGUCUGGGCAGGCUGAGUGUGCAGGAGAUCAUCGCGCAUACGUUCUUUGAAGAUGUUGACUGGGUGUCGUUGCCUUCGAGUUCACCGCCACCCGGGAUUCACCUACCUCAGUUUGCAUACAACGAGCAACCGGCGGUCUCUAUGAGUGCCAGCCCGUCCUACGCAGACCUCUCCAAGUCGCAGGGCUUCCGCUUCAGCGCGCUCUUCCAGUCCUCCAGUGACGCGGCACCGUCGACUGGCGCACCAUCCAUGCACCAAUCUACCGGCGCCUCCUCUAUGCUACAGUCUAGUGUGGGUUCUGCAUCCUCAACGUCAAGCGACCAGACCGCUGCCUUCAUCGGCUUCUCGUGGGGACCUCCCAUCGACGCUUUCCCGAGCCAGCAACCAUCCUCACCCAUGCAUAGUACCCCACUCCGAUUACCCUCGUCGACACCCUCCCUCUUCACCCCCGCGCCACCCUCCCUCCGCACUCCAGCUCCACCAUCUUUCCUUACCCCCGCGCCACCCGCCUUCAGCUCCGCCGCGAGGAUGCAGACGCCCGGCCCCGUGCCGGGUCGCUCGGCCUCCGCGCCCGUCUCGCACGCCUUCAUCACUCCGCUGCGUGGCGUCGCUACCGGUGUGUCUGUCACAGCCCCUCCCAGCACCAUCCGCCGCAGUGUCCUCCCGCCGCGCAGCUCGCAAACCGCACGCCGCACCAUCUCGGACCGCGAAGCCAUGAGACUGCUCGUCGAUUGUGUGGGCAUGUCCGCCCGGAAGCGGGUGUUGGAUAGCGGCCGGAAGCCGCGAUUGCUGAAGGAUUUGGGCGGUGGGUUCGGAUCCCUGAAGAAAGCGCUGCGAUUCGAGGAGCCGCCCGAGUUCUCGUUGAAUUCGAGGUCGGGAGUGAACGGGAACUCCAGGUCGGGUAGUGGGAAUGAAGAGAGCGGGAGCGGGAAUGAGGAGAGCGUGAGCGAGCCUACGCCAAGGCCGACACGGAGAAUACCACCGCCUACAUUGGUGGUACCGCCCCUUGCGGACAAGCGCGUCCCAUUGAACGUAGGCUUCAGCGACGAGACGAUGCACAUCGACGACGCGCGCGGCUUGGAUGACCCCCGCCGCUACCACGACCCGGACGACAGCUCCCUCACGCCCCUCGAGACGGACACAGAGACGGAGACCGAGUCGGAGGGCCCGCCCAGUCCAAGCCCACGCCCGGGGUCGGCGCUCAGCCGCAGCCGCAGUCAGACGCCGACGCUCACGAGCACGUUUCUCCGUAGCGCGACACCGACCCUCAGCGCGUUCGCCUUCCAGCGGAGCGCGUCGCUGGGCGCGCCGACGCCAACCGCGCAGUCGUUCUCGCAGGUGGGGAUGAGCAAGGUAGAGCGCAGCCUGGGCGCGGAGUCGGCGCGGUCGGUGGCGUCGGGGUCGAGAGUGGCGUCAGGGUCGAGGUUGGUGCCGGGGUCGAGGUUGGCGACGGGGUCUAAGCCGGCGACGGGGUCCAAGUUGGCGACAGGUUCGAGGUCGGAGGCGUCGGGGUCGAAGGAGUUCAAGAGUGGCAGGCCGGCGCAGGCGCGGCGGGGGAGCGUACCCGUAGUCAACGCGCCGCCGCCUGGACCGUCUGCACCUCUCGCGACGUCGACACCGCGACCAAAGAGGCGGGCCUCCGAUGCCGAUAGGCGGGCGCCAGAGCCUAGCAGGAAACCGGCCGAGGUGAAUACGACUGCCAACGGCGAGGACCGCCGGCGAUAUCCCACAGAGCGUUCGCGUCACGCCCGGUCCAUGUCCACGACGACCUUUACAGACGAAGGCUUCGAGUCGCUCGAGCUGCGGUACACCCAGCUUGUGCGCGACAUCAAAGCGAUAGAGAGUAGGUUAGGGUUGCUGACCACUGGGACGGUGAAAUAGGAAGGUUCGGAUCCAUGGCACGCGCGUUCUCCUGCAUAGACUCUGGGCUUCCACCUGACACUCACAUUCUGUACAUGCCGCACAUUCUCUGAACGUAUAUACCGCACACAUUCUGAUUGUACACUCUUCCUGUUGUAUGCUAGGACUGCGCAUACCGAGCUGAUGCAUGAUGCGUCACGAACAUGUUAGCUCACUUCUGUCGAUAGACGACGCAGCAAGCAAUGUAUAGCGCAGGAUCAUGCAGCGUCCCUCGAUGGGCGCACGGCCUACCUCCAG